AAGAGACCGCCUAGCCGUGGCCGUUGUAAUCAUUAUUAUCAUUACGAAGGUCACUGCUUGCUGUGGGCCGAAGCCUGAGCGGCCGGUGUGUCAGCCCACAAGCAAGGUGUGUAGUUCUUGGGCUGCGCUGCCUGAUUUAUGAUCGCCUAGAUGUAGCUUGUUUAAAGUUAAAGGCCUGCCUGUCUGCCAAUGCUGCCUGCACAUUGUACACACAGAAAGCGCUGGCCUUGCCUGUCACCAUCAUGACGUCACAGCGCGCUGUAUACCACAUUAUGGUCUUGCUGUGGUCUUGUACCACAUUCAUGGCGGCAGGCGAGGAUGGUAACCAUCUGCAGCUCGACCAUCCUGGUUCUGCUAAGGUAGACGAAGCAGUAGUCAAUAUCGUGUCGGAAAUGUACAGAGACUACCGAGCACUGUCGCUGGCUCGGGACGCCUAUGCUCUCGGAAAUGAACACCAGAGAUACCUCAACGGGCAUGCAGGUGAGCAUGUUCCUACAGGCAUUGGUAUCCCAGACACACUGACAUUUCUUAGAGGCCACACAUCAAGGGCAGACAACAGGCCGCAAGCAGCCGCAGUCUCAUCCCUAAAACAACAGUGGCACAUCGAGGCAGACCACGGAGAACAAGUUGAAAAAAACGUAAAAAUGAACAUUAGCCUAAACGAUAAAAAGCAUUCCACCGUCCAGUUCCCUCCUUCGGGUUCCAUCUCGAGCGACAACGUGGUCGGGGCCAGUGUGGGAAUAUCUCGUCACUUACGAGACACUUCGGGCUCUCUGAUCAAGAGGUACUGCGACGUGCACGGCAGAACACAAGUGUGCUUUCAGCGCGGCCAGUCUCGCUGUGUGUGCAAGGGUGGGCUGGCAGACUGCUCCGGGCAGCGCUAUGUACCCAACAUCGGGUACGUCCCGCGGCUUCCCAAGACAACGAAAUGCCUGAAGUUCACGCAGAACAACGUCCGGGCUCUCACCGAGAGUUAUUUUGCCAACGUCUCGACAAUUCUCGUGCUAGACUUCAGCUCAAACAAUUUACAAAUAGUCUCCAAGAAAACCUUCAAAAGAUUCACAAAUCUACAGUACCUUAUCCUUAAUCACAACCCGAUUUCUUAUAAGUAUUUGCGUUAUGUAUUCGACUAUCCACCCCGGCUGAGAUUGGAUAUCAUUGACCUUAAUCUUAAGGACAUUCCACACGCUUUCUUUCUGCCCCACAGUAACAUAAACACCUCUCAGCUUUUUAUGGAUUUCAAUUACUUUAAACACUUGAAUUUAAGUGAAUUUUCUCACUUAAAGAAUCUACAGUAUCUGAGCGUCAACAACUGUAGCAUCCAAAAUCUGACCAGUUCUAAUAUGCCAAGGUUGAAAGUCCUUGACCUAGACUACAAUAGUUUGUCCACUUUUCCCGUGACCUGUAAAGAGGUACGGACACGUCUGGAUCGAGAUGAAGGAGAAAAGAGCAAACAUCCAAAAGUGGACUCGUAUUUCUCGUCUCUCACUGACCUGUACCUGGGCAUUAACGACAUUUCAUGGCUCCCUGGGGGCGCAGACUUGUGUCUUCCACGGGUGGAGUCUUUACAUUUGAACUCCAACAAAAUGGUGACGUUGCAAGCCAACGCCUUUACGGGAUUUCCCAGUCUUAAAGUUUUGAUUUUGGAUAAGAUGAAACCUGGCUUCUCCUCCAUUGGUCCGGCGGCAUUUGGAACAAAGUCACUGGUCAGUCUGCACUUGUCCAAAAGCAACGUGGACUUCCGGGGCGGUAACAUCAGCCUGGAUAUGUUCGCGGGCACCUCGAGUUUAAAGGUCUUACAUCUUGAUCAUAACCCCUUGGGGGCGAUCAACGAGUCCGCUCUGGGGACGUUGCUGAGUCACGCCAGCACCGUAUUCUAUCUGUACCUGGGUUCUACAGGACUGGUCACUUUUCCGUCUCAAGCUUUGGCUCAAAUGGCUCAACUGAAAAGCCUGUAUAUUUAUCUGAACCACAUUAAAGACAUCCCCGGCGGAGCUCUGGACCUUCUCCAGUCUCUUAUCCUUUUGGACGCAAAUCAGAACGAUAUCACUUUCGUGGGUGAAAUGUCCACAGACACACAAAAGCGAUUUAAAAGUAUCAACUUAAGCCGGAACAAAUAUCUAUGUACCUGUGACCUACUUCCUUUUCAGGCUUGGCUGAAGGAAGCGGGUCCUACUGUGUUUAAAAACUAUACGCAAUAUCUCUGCUCGGACAGACCAUCUGUGCGUGUGUGGGAGUAUAAGCUGAGCCACCAAGCGUGUCUUUUGAGCAGGAAAACGUACAUCUUAUUUGUGGUAUUUUUCUCUCUGUUUGUAGCGGCCUUCCUCAUCUUCGUUGUCCUAUAUCGUUACCGUUGGAGCAUUAGACUGGCUUUAUACGAACGACAGGCAACGUCUCGGGGCCUCCCACUGGUGAACCCAGAAGGUCAGGAGUUCCAGUACGAUCUCUUCAUCGUUUACUGUAACGACGACGGUGAUUGGGUGGAAGAUGAACUUUUGUAUGUAGUCGAGCCACAUCAUAACACACGAGCUGCCGUCGCUGCUAGUGAUCAAGCUGGAUUCAAUCGAAUCUCGCGACAUGAGCGCGGCCAUGUUGGGCCUCUACAACAGCACCUGCUUCCUGGAGUGGGAUUCAAACGAGAUAGACCACACAUUCUGGCGACGGCUGCGGGGCUCACUCCAACUGUUGAUACAACAACGGGCAGCUCAGGAUGCCCAGGGCCAGCUCGUGCACUGACAGAAUCUUCUUCUUCUUCUUUUAAACUUUAAUUAGACAUCCCAGUCUCUAUAGUGGGCUAUUCCAUGGUAACUGGCGGGGAAAAUGAUAAUGAGGUAUUUUUUCUGACCCCGUCUCGAAACUAAACACGUCACAGAAUUUGCAUAAAGUAUAUAUGCAUAUAUACUUCUUUUUUUUUUUCAAAUGAGCGCAUUUAAUAUAAUUCUUAGCAUGUCUUUCAAACGUUCUGAUCAUUUAAAGUUGAAAUAGUGUUAUCACUGUAAGAAAGUAUUGUCGAAAUGUCCAGUCAGUUAUCGUGGAUAGCCCGCGUGCAAAGGCUGCUUGCUGUUCACCACAGGUCUUCCAGGCCGUCAUAGACUCAUAGAGUUUAGGGUCUCUCUGCCUCUUUGGUUGAGCCAAUAUUUAUUCUUUCUAAGUGCUGCUGACGGAAUGAAUAGUGUACACUGGGAAUCUCUGUGUACCUGCCUGUCUUUUGUUCCACACCAGAUCUUUACAAUUAAAAAAAAAGUAAAUUUUAUUGCUGAUUUGGUUUUCGCAAAGAGAAGCAAGUAGGAACUAUAAUGGCCGUUUCGUGCCUCGGAAAAAAAGUUUAACAAACGGAAACAGGGAAAAAUAAAAAAGUGGGGAUUCUAGAGGCGCUCUCCAGCUACUCACUUGUUCUUAUACUCCAUCUUUGGAUUCACACAAACUCUAAAACCACCCGAUACCCUCCAGAUUUUUAAAGAAUCUGCUUGUAAUACCCCUUUCGGAGUUCAUGCCAAAUCAAUUUGGCACACUGUGAUUUCUGUGGUGUAUUUGGUUGUUUUUGGUUGUGGCAGGGGGUUAGGCCUAGCCUAUUGUAUUGUUUGGCUGAAAGUGUGAGAGUGAGUAAAGUGUGAGUCUGUGUUCAGUUGUAUUGUUUGCAAGUUGAUAAAAGUCUGAAUUACUACUGGUGGGACUUUGAGAGGAGAGAGUUGUAUCAAGGCAGAGGAGGCCUGCUGACAGUAUAGGUUGUGAAGAAGGCUAGCUAAAGCCUCGGUUCAGUUGUGCGUGAAGUGUGAGAUUCCAAUCCAACGCAUCGGGGCCCCAAAGCUGCGGAAGGAAUCACAACACAGAGCAGAGGAACAGGUUUGGCUAAUUCCUGUUAUAGUGGCAUGUGACAGAAGGUUAGUAAUUGUGUAAAAUCUUUGUUUUAUGUUCCAAGUAACAACAAUUUGACUGAUGACCAAGGAACUACAUUAUAAUAAAGUAUGUGUACUUUUGCUAUCAUUGACCAUGAUUGCCUGUCAGGCAGAUAUCUGUGCACAAUAUGGGGAGAAAAAGAUUCUGAACAAAGCCAAUGAUCUCCCUAAAUAAUUGGGGGUGUUCAGCGUUAGUUCAGUUUUGUACAUCACGCAAUGACUGUUUUUGGUUUAGUUUGAUACCCCCCAACCACAUAAUUCAGGACCCAAGCCACCUAGACCCUCCUUGUUGGAACAAGCCCAAGCCAAAUCGGCUACACAACAUCCCAGCAGACAAAUGGAAAUACUAAAACAGAUGAAUUGUCCGCUUGGGCAUCAAAGUCACAUCGUUUACAUGAUUACUUGCAACAGUGAAGAGCCUAACCAUUACACCAAUUAUUACACCACAGAAAUUGGUGUUAACACAUGCAGUACACAGGUGGUGGUAAUAACAUUAUUUGUGUGACUCCUCUAGCUCUUAAUGAGCUUUUUUCUUUUCUUUCAAUAAAGGAUUUUGGAUAUGAUAAAACGGUCGAACCUGUGUAAGACGUCAAGCAUUGUCGAGGAGAAAAGUGGCUGUAAAUUAUGAUAGGUGGUCGUCAUAAUGCAAGACUGAUCAAAAUGAAGAAAACAAUUUACUUUUGAGGUCCCAACCGGAGGUGGUCGCAGGCUUAGGACUGCCGUAGGGGUUUUUUUUGGGUUUUUUUUUUAAGGGAGGAGAGGACGGGAUUUUUGUGGGAACUUCUGUAGUUAGUUUUUAAAUUUAAAAAAAAAAAUUAUGGUUACAUGAAAGGCCAAAACAAAACGAAAUACGUCAGACGAGGAAGGCGAAAUGCCAUACUAAAACAAAUGGAUCGCCACCGAUUGGCGAACGAGGGACACUUCUGUCCCGAGUUUGUGUUGACUUCCAUUGUUAUGGACUGGGUUUACGAACUGAGUUGUAGGCGGGCCUUAUAGGUUAUGACGGAUCACACACUUCCCUUAGAAGCAGCUGAAAAUUUAUUGUUACCCAUUGGUCAACUUAGGUAAACAUUGGGAGCGACCUGAGCAACAUGACUGUUUCAUCCAUCGGAAGGACUGACAAUAACGACAGGUGACUGAAUUAUUACGGCUUGUCCACAGCGUCAGGGUAAAAUGCCAUAAUUUUUUUUACAAAGUCUGGCCGUAUUAGGCAGGUAGAUUUGGCCGUGGGUUGAUAAAAAAGGGUGGCCGCAGCCACGUUGGACGACAGGUACCCUUUUUACACAGUUAAAUUAUAAAGAAACAGACGCAAUGGGGGAAAUGGAAAGUGGCCGUUAGAAGUUAGAACAGGUGGCCGUAUUAUACAGGAGGCUGCCAUGGCAGGCUCGACUGUGUAUCAUAUGUUUUACAGUUUAAGCCUUUCUCUCUGAUAAAGGUUGCAGUUUAUUUAUAUUGAUACACUUUCAAUUGUUCAGAUACAUGUACAUGUAAUGUACAUGUAUGACCAAAGUUCUCCCAUAGAUUCACUGGCAGUAGGACUCCACCAUGAAGGCACAAGUCGAACAAGCGUAUUUUCCACACCCCGCACACAAAAGCACGCGCGAACACACACACACACAGAAACAAAACAAUGAAGACGAUUUCAUCUUUAUUGAUCGUGAUGCCAUCAAUGUAUUUAAUUUACAGGGGGAUUGUUCUUGUGGAAUCUGUUCCUCUCAAUUAAAAAUAUCAUCAGAAAUAAUUCAACACCGCAACCUUACAAUUGCUCUCAUUCAAUUCAUUCCAAGCAUGUGUGCACAGAGAAUUUUUUUCUUUUUUCUUUUUAACUUGUAAAAAAUUAUAGAUUGUUAAAACAAUUCUUCUGCUGAUUGAACUGAUUGAAUUAAACAUAAAAUUAUCCGUCCAUCACCCA